GUCUGCUGGGAGGUGGCCGGUGAAACAAGAGAGGGAGGGGCUCCGGUCUUCGGGCUCCGCCCCGUGUCUGGCGGCUUAUGGUCCCGCACCGUCGUCUGGCGGCUUAUGAUCCCACACCGUCGUCUGGCGCCCAGGCCAGCCUCACUGCGGGUUCCGUAUCGCUGUCCGGGUGCUGAGGGUGGCUGCUGACCGGGCGUCUAGUUGAGAGAGUGCUACUUCCCGGGGCGAUAACGUGAGCUGCACCGACAUGGCAGACUACCUGAUUAGCGGAGGUACCGGGUACGUUCCUGAGGAUGGUCUCACUGCACAACAGCUAUUUGCUAUUUCAGAUGGGCUCACCUACAAUGACUUUUUGAUUCUCCCUGGAUUUAUUGAUUUCACAGCUGAUGAAGUGGACCUGACUUCUGCCCUGACUCGUAAGAUAACUUUGAAGACCCCGUUGAUUUCCUCUCCCAUGGACACAGUGACUGAGUCCGAUAUGGCUAUUGCAAUGGCGUUGAUGGGAGGUAUAGGGAUCAUUCAUCAUAACUGUACCCCAGAGUUUCAGGCCAAUGAAGUCCGCAAAGUGAAGAAGUUCGAACAAGGAUUUAUCACUGAUCCAGUAGUAAUGAGCCCCAACCACACUGUGGGGGAUGUAUUUGAAGCUAAGAACAGACAUGGAUUUUCUGGCAUGCCAGUGACGGAAACUGGAAAAAUGGGCAGCAAACUAGUUGGGAUUGUCACCUCAAGAGAUAUAGACUUUUUGACUGAAAAAGACUACACCACUUAUUUGAGUGAGGUGAUGACCAAAAGAGAUGAACUGGUUGUUGCUCCUGCGGGUGUCACACUAAAAGAAGCGAAUGAAAUACUACAGCGUAGUAAAAAAGGGAAACUGCCAAUAGUGAAUGACAGUGAUGAGCUGGUCGCUAUUAUUGCUAGGACAGACUUAAAGAAAAAUCGUGACUACCCACUUGCCUCAAAGGACUGCAGGAAGCAGCUGUUGUGUGGUGCAGCUAUUGGAACCAGGGAAGAUGACAAAUAUCGUCUCGACCUUCUCAUGCAAGCGGGGGUGGAUGUUAUUGUCCUGGACUCUUCUCAGGGUAAUUCUGUGUAUCAGAUAAACAUGAUCCACUACAUCAAACAGAAAUAUGGCGAGUUGCAGGUGGUUGGUGGGAAUGUGGUGACUGCAGCGCAAGCAAAGAAUCUUAUUGAUGCAGGUGUUGAUGCGCUGCGCGUAGGAAUGGGAUGUGGCUCCAUAUGCAUUACUCAGGAAGUAAUGGCUUGUGGCAGACCUCAGGGAACCGCAGUAUACAAAGUUGCAGAGUACGCUCGCAGGUUUGGUGUUCCGGUUAUAGCAGAUGGAGGUAUUCAGACGGUGGGCCAUGUGGUGAAGGCUUUGGCUCUUGGAGCAUCUACAGUGAUGAUGGGUUCUUUGCUGGCGGCAACCACAGAGGCACCUGGUGAAUAUUUCUUUUCUGAUGGUGUGAGGCUGAAGAAAUACAGAGGAAUGGGCUCACUGGAUGCCAUGGAGAAAAAUACCAGUAGCCAGAAAAGAUAUUUCAGUGAAGGGGAUAAGGUGAAGGUGGCACAAGGUGUAUCUGGUUCCAUUCAAGACAAAGGGUCCAUCCAUAAGUUUGCACCAUACCUAAUUGCAGGCAUUCAGCAUGGCUGCCAAGACAUAGGGGCCAAAAGUCUUUCCAUAUUGAGAUCCAUGAUGUAUUCUGGGGAGCUUAAGCUAGAAAAGAGAACGAUGUCUGCACAAGUGGAAGGUGGUGUCCAUGGUCUCCAUUCUUACGAGAAGCGGCUAUACUGAAACUGGGAGACGUAGCAAUCGCCAGUCUACUCCCAACAUUCCUACCCUGGUCCCAAACAAACAUACGUAAUGCAUUGAAGAGACCCGCCUCCUUUCUCCCCAGCUGUUCGCCUUUCCCCUGUCCCCAAUUAUGCAGGAAAUCCAACUCCGCAAUGUUUACGGACUCACCAUGGCAUGGUAUUUGCACUAUGGACACAUUCCCUUGGGAUGUGUGAGCGAGACUUGAAAGCAUGAAACACCAAACUACUGCCAUGCUGAAAUACCAGUUCUACAUGUGGUGAACUAGCCGUGCUGCAGUGUUACAUCUGUAGCACCUGUUUGCGAUCUUCCUUCUAUGUACAAUAAGUGUCAUUUAAGCUCUUACUUAGAGGGUUAGUGAUGCAAUACAUUGGAAGAUUACAAUAAAGGAAAACAAAGUUAAUUUGUCGUGCUCCGAAUUAUGUAAAAUAGUAGCAGUGAUACAUUAGUUAUACUGACAAUCUGCAAACGUGUGCCCUUCUAUCUGGGCGUCAGAAAAUGGGACUGUGACUAAGCUAAGGGAUGAGUACACGAUAAGACGUAGCUCAGAUGAGGAAGAACGAGAUGUAAGGUGUUCCUUUUGUCCAUUAGCUCUUCGCGUUUCCUUUUGUCCUAGUGGGGUACAUUAUUUUACCUGUAAUUAUUUCUCUUUAUGCAGCAGUGAUUAACUCAUUACAGUAUAGUUCUGCUUAGGUAAAUGUUGCAGCUGAAAGACUGCUUAUAGAAGUAAGAAUCGUUCUCUUUGUUUUUCUUUAUAAAAAAUGCCAGUUCUGGUUUCAACAUACAUUUUCAAAGUAUAUUUUAACAUCUCACAGAAUCGCUAGAGUUUGUUUUUUGUCUCUGCAUGUCUCCUUUCUAUUUACAUUUUCCGUUGCAUAUGUUUCCAAGCAGUGGUUUAGGAAUGAGCAAUAGAAAGGUACAUGUAGCUUCAAUUACCUACUGCUGGUGUUUUUUGUUUUAUUUAUGUUCGCUGCUUGGCAAGUUUUUUAACUAAUAAAAAAACCCAAAGCAAUAAA